CACCGAAGCCGCUGCUGCGCCACACGUGGCACGAAUUAAGGUUCCCGGCUAACGCGCUCGUAUAUAUGAACAUUCGAAGCUCGAGAAAUACAAACAGCGAGAAUGGACGAUUUCUUCAAGAAACCUACUUUUCCAGCGUCUUCGUUGAAGCGAAAGCAGCCGCCAGCUGCCGAUGAUCCGACGGAGGCUUAUAAGGCGUUGAAGCUUGAUAGACCUGCCGAGGACGCGGACGCUUCGGCAGCUUUCGUUGACGAACCAUUUAUUGACGAAGAAGGCGGACGCUUCGAAGGAUCUGGUCUUACCGAGGAGCAAAGCCAGAUCCUCGACUUUAUGGACCAGAAUGACGCGGAACAGGAUCAAACGAUUGACCGAAUGACCAUUCCUCAACUCAAGAAACUCGCCCUCAAGUUCGAGCGAGCAAUCAGCAAGAACCACGAGAUGCGUGCGAAAUUCCUCGAUCAUCCUCAGAAGUUCAUGGAAUCCGAAGCGGACCUGGACGCGGAGAUCAAGGGCCUUACGAUUCUUGGUGAGACGCCCGAAUUGUUUUCUGAGUUCGUGAAGUUGGGGUGCAUCAGGAGUUUGGUCAACCUUCUGGCUCACGAGAACACAGAUAUCGCGAUAGAUGUGGUCGAGGUUUUGCGUGAGCUGACCGACGAGGAUACGGACGCAGCGGAUGAGGACAUGAAAGCCCUGAUCGAUGCAUUGAUGGAGGCCGAAAUCAUGGAUAUGCUUACGCAGAACCUCUCACGGCUUGACGAGUCGCAAGACGUUGAUCGAUCCGGUGUAUAUCACACACUGAGCAUAUUCGAGAACCUUGCGGCGCAUGAUCCUGCACUCGCUGAAACGGCCGUCCGUACGACCACCAUCCUUCAGUGGAUCCUGAAGCGUCUACAGGUAAAGGAAGCUUCUACCUCCCAGAACAAGCAGUACGCUGCCGAACUGCUGGCCAUCUUAGUGCAGUCGUCUUAUUUGAACCGCGUCAAACUUGCGGAACUUGAUGGCGUUGAUGUUCUCCUUCGCCUACUCUCACCGUACCGCAAGCGCGAUCCGGCAAAGGGCGGCGAGGAAGAGGAGAUGAUGGAGAACGGGUUUGAUGCUCUUUGCUCUGUCGUCGAGGAAGUCCCAGGCAAAGAUAAGUUCGUCGAGGCGGAGGGAGUUGAAUUGUGCCUCAUCAUGAUAAAGGAGGGAAAGAUGUCGAAGGCUCGUGCAGUGAAGGUCGUGGAUCAUGCUACGUCUGGUCGGCAAAGUGUAGUAGUGGCUACAAAGAUCGUGGACGCCGGAGGAUUGAAGGCGGUCUUCAGCAUGUUCAUGAAGAGACCGGAUGGAGAGACGAUGGAGCACAUUCUCGGCAUCUUCGCCUCGUUGCUACGACUGUUGCCGCUUGACUCGCCACCGCGAAUCAGGACAAUGGCGAAGUUCACUGAGAAGGAUUACGAGAAGCUUGUGCGUCUGGUCGAGUUACGCAGGGAGUACGCGGCGCGUGUGGGUCAGGCGGAGCGACGGAUUGCCAAGCAGAAGGCACAGGCAACCGAGGAAGAUCUCAAAGAACGAGAACCUGAGUGGUAUCUGCAAAAGAUCGACGCUGGCCUAUACUGUCUGCAAAUCUUAGAUACAGUUCUUGCCUGGAUUUGUGCGGAAGAUGAUGGCGCAAAAGCCAAGUUGAAUGCACUGUUGACGGAGGAAGGAAAGGACAUUGGCCACGUGAGAGCCGUAUUACAAGAGUUCAUGGAGAACAUUGACGAUACAACGGCCGACGAAGCAGGUGAUGAAGCAGAUGGCGCAGCUGCCAAAGCUAGGGAGACCAUGGAGGAUGCGACAGAGCAAAAGGACAUGCUCCAAACUCUUAUUCACCUUCUUUAGAUCUAGAUAAGUUGGCAACCUUACUUCUGCCUUCCCAUCCCGAACAUGUCCGAC